UGCCAUCACCACUCUGACCUGACAGAGGAAGAACACCGGAAGGUUCCAGAAUACAUUUUCCAGGAUGUUUGUGAAUUUCCGGCGGAUCCGCAAGUGCCAGUGCGUGCAGUUGAUGACCACGUGUCUGGUGCUGUCGGUGGUGAUGGUAUGCUGGGAGCAGCUGGACAGUGGUGUGGUGAGCCACAUCAACUCCUACUCUUACCGCUACCUGGUCAACAGCUACACUUUCAUCAACAAGAGCUUCACCAUCCCACGACAGGAGGCCCACAUGUUCAGUAACCACCGCUACCUACUCAACCACCCGUACAAGUGCUCAGGAGAGAAGGACAUUUUACUGCUUCUGCUCAUCAAGUCCUCCCCGGAGAACUUCGAGAGACGGCGAGCCAUACGGUCGACGUGGGGCAACGAGACCUACAUUCGCCAAGACCUGGGGGUGACGGUGAAGGUGAUGUUUGUGCUGGGCCUUCCCAAGCAGCAUGAGACUGCCCAGACGUGGAGGAGGAGGAGCGGAGGCAUCCAGGACAACCUUGUCGAUGAGGACCGCAGGCAUGGCGACUUGGUCCAGCAGGACUUUGUGGACACGUUCCACAACCUCACCCUCAAGCUUCUGCUACAGUUCCGCUGGGCUCAUUUCUACUGCCCGCAUGCCCGCUUCCUCAUGACGGCUGACAACGACAUCUUCGUGCACAUGCCCAACCUGGUGCUCUACCUGCAGGACAUGGACAGGAAGGGCGUGACGGACUUCUGGAUCGGUCACGUGCACAGAGGCGCGCCACCGAUCCGCCAGAAGGAAAGCAAGUACUACGUCCCGCAAGAGAUGUACCCUUGGGCGUCAUACCCGGACUACACGGCAGGGGCCGGUUACGUCGUCUCAAGAGACGUGGCGGACAAAAUCUACGAGGCAUCAUUGACGCUCAAUGCCUCGCUGUACAUUGACGAUGUCUUCAUGGGCAUCUGUGCCAAUGCCAUGGGCGUGUCGCCACAGGAACAUGUGUACUUCUCAGGCGAAGGCAAGGCGCCCUACCACUUGUGCAUCUACGACAAGAUGAUGACAUCGCACGGCCAUGUGGCCGACAUUUAUGAACUAUGGAAAGCCGCCACAAACCCGGAGGUCAAAAGGGUCACAUCGGGACUUUUUGGGAGGUUGUACUGCACGGCAGUGAAACUCACCCUUCUGUGCAGACCCUACUUCAACACCUACCCCUGCAAGGCAGCCUUGUUGUAG